AUGCAACCUUCAUGCAAGCUCCGUCAUUGGAAUGCGCAGGAUAUCAAUCAGUUGGUGAGAGCCAAAGGGACGAUCCAAGAUGUCGAUGGAGAGUGUUCUCUGAGGGUCUCCGGACAUUCACGCAAGAGUUACCAAAUCGCUCCCCACUAUCGUCUACCCCUUUAUUCGCUCAACAAAAAAAUUGGAAUCUACCGAAAGAUCGUGGCCCACCUACAAACUUUGUCAGACAUUUAUUCUUCUCACAUGCUAGAUAUGUAUGCAUCAGUCAUGGAGUAUCUCCACAACGUCCGCAUCGCAUUUGUGCAGGAUGCUGGUGGAUCCACAGAUGCGCUACACGACGACUUGAGAUCUCCAGUACUUGAUUACUACCUCUGGUUGGAUCACAAGAGCGGUGUAUUUCACGCACAGUGUCGUGAGGCCCUGGAAGAAGAACAUCGCGUUACCUUCGAAGCCUUACAAAAUAGGGCGUGUUCUGACAUUCUUUUUUCAGUUGAUUGGAAAUCCUAUCACCAAGAAAAGUGCAAGUAUUAUGACUUUUGUGGUGCAAUACAGAGCUCCGGCGGUGGUGAAGAUGAUCAGAAUCUAAUAGACAUAAUUGAUGCGUCUAUCGUCGCUUCCAAGCAGAAGGCGACAGAGAUUACUGCCGAACCCACUAGUGCCAUGGAUGUGGAUCAUGAAUUGACUCUAAUAGUGUCCGAACCAACCUCUGACAAUCUUCCAUUGAAUCCAUUUCCACAAUUUCCACUUCCAUUUGAUAAUGAUUUACGCAGGCUCUCCCUCAGCACGCUCGGCGGUUAUGCUCGCCAGAUUCUCAUUGGCGGCUUUGGACAGUGGCUGCCUAGCCAUAUCGCUAUGCGGUUUUGA